AUGGAUGCCCAAUCCCCAACGACCGACUCCCAGCCUGACCAGAAGCUCCACCUGCGAUCCGAAAUCCAGGGUUCCGGUCCGCGGUCUACAUCCGAUGUCCACUGCCACAGUGGCUGGUCUAUCAGGCGCCUUCUGAGCCGACGUGGGAGCCGCAAAUACAGCGUCCUGGAGCGGGAGCCGAAUCGACUGAGGAAGCGCAUGAGCAACUAA